GUUGGCUCUCUUUCAAAAUACAACCGGUUUAUGCUGCCUUCAUCGUCCUCAAUUUUUCAAAGAUAAAUCCUUCACCCUUGCAGUCGUCCCCAUUUUCCAGUGCCUUUUCCCUUCCAUGAAGUUUGCUUCACUUUUAGUUCAAUCAGGUGCGUAUUUGAGCAAGUGCGAGCCGUACUGAUAUUCGCGCGGCCUUUGUUUUGGCAGAAUGAGUGCGAUUAACAUCACGAAUGUCGCCGUGCUGGACAAUCCGGCGUCGUUUUUGUCCCCUUUUCAGUUCGAAAUCUCAUACGAAUGCGUGGCUUCUCUUAAAGACGAUUUGGAAUGGAAGCUCAUAUACGUGGGAUCUGCAGAGGAUGAGACUUAUGAUCAACUCCUAGAAAGCGUCCUUGUCGGUCCUGUCAAUGUUGGAAAUUAUCGUUUUGUUUUGCUGGCGGACCCACCAGAUCCUUCCAAGAUUCGCGAGGAAGACAUCAUAGGUGUCACUGUGCUUUUAUUGACGUGCUCUUACUUGGGUCAAGAGUUUGUUCGGGUGGGCUAUUACGUGAAUAACGACUAUGAUGAUGAGCAUCUGAGAGAAGAACCUCCCCAGAAAGUCUUGAUCGACAAAAUUCAGAGAAAUAUACUGUCUGACAAACCAAGAGUGACCAAAUUUCCCAUUAAUUUUCACCCUGAAAACGAGACUGGAGAAGAAGCUUCUCAACUUGAGCAUCCUGUUGAAGCAGAUGGGUUUGAAGAACAAAAGCAGCCUUCACCAAAUCAUCCUUAAGCCUUUGUUUUUGGUCUCAGUUCUUUGGUUGGUUUCAUGUGCUGAUUCCCUUUAGGCUUUUUUUUAUGUGUUUGUGUCUAGUGUAGUUGGUUCUCUUUAAGAAUUUUCUGUCAAGUGUUGCUUAUAACAGGUGAAACUGAGUUCAAGGUCAUUGUUAGAGUUUUUGCACUGGCAAAUGAAUUAAACUAUAAUUCUCAUGAGCAUAAGCUCAGAAGUUUCCUAGAAUUUUCAAUUUGUAAGUCCUUGUUACUGUUUGUCACCAUCAAUCAAUUAGAAAUAAUAAUUUGU